GGUUUCCGUAUUUAUAACACUAGUCCUCACCGCUUUUGUCUUAUGUAAGCGAUGUGGGAUUUUUACAAAUAAAGAUUGUUUUAGAAACUUGAAGCUUUCUUUUUCAUUCAACAAUGGCGCGUUCAUACGGUUACAGCGCCACAUCCACAACCACCUUCCCUUUCCUAGCUCGCCCAUCAAUCGCCGUUAUUCACAAAUUCCGGCAGUACCCGGCAAAACUCGCGUCGGCUCGUAUUUCCGCUUCAUUUCCAUCAUCAAAACGCAUAGUAAUACAGAGAAAAAACCAUUUACGCCCCAAAAUUCUUAAAACCCUAACUAAACCCUUACCAGAACCCCCAGUUGCAAUAGAACCCACUCUCCCCGUUUCCAUUCCCAUAAUUCCAUUCCAGCUCGAACCCCAAAACGACGCUGCUUUGGAUUCUCUCAAUGAAAUUGAUUUGGGAACUGUUAUUGAAGAAAAGAAGGGUGAUUAUGGCAGAAUUUCACCCAAGUUUGUCUUGAAAUUUUGUGGUUGGGUGAUUGGGGUUUAUCUGUUACAAGCAAUUGUAACGGUUUGGGUGUUUGGCAAUGACAGUAAAGAUAAGAGCUUUGGUAAUUCAGAGUCUGGUAAAGGUAAUGUUUUUAUGUACUCAAGCAAUGCUGAGGUGGUGUAUUCUGAUGAAAUGGAGGAGAGGAUUAGCGAAAUUAAGGCGAUGGCGAGAGAGGUACGAAAGAAAGAGGGAAUGAAGAGGAAAGAUGGUUAUGAUGAUGAGAAUGAAAUUGAAAAGGAAAUUGGUGAUAGGUUGAUUAAGGUUGAGAAAAAAUUGAAUUCUAAGAGGGAACAGUUUUUGCCUGAUUCGUUUAUGAAUCUUUUAGGCGGGUUUGGUAGUCAAGAAGAAGAUGAGGAGGAGGAGAAGGAGGAGGAGGAAAAUGAUAAUGAUGGUGGUGGUGGUGAGAUGGAAUUGAGUAAUGAUGAGCAAAUGCUAUUGUUUAAAAAGAAGUUCGGGUUUAGAAGUUCUUUGAUGAGCUCAUCGAUGAGCAGUCCAAAGGGGUUUUCGGGUUUAAGGAGUGAUGAAAAGUUGAGUAGCACGAAUGGAAGUGUUUUGAAUGGUAAACCGAGAGAUAGUGAAAUUGAGGCUGUGAUUAAUGGUUACAUAACAGAGAAGGAAAAGGAGGAUCUGCAUAAGGAAGCGGAGUCUGGUGCUGUCCAGGAGAAUGGUAAAGCAAGGUCCUCAAAUGAAAUAACGGAGGUUUCAAAAUCACAAAAUGCAAAAAAAUUAGGAAGCUUAGCAAAAGAACACCGGAGAACUGUUACAGAUAUUGAUGGACCUGCUUCAUCCAGCAGAAACCCUCAAAAGAGACCAAUGGCAAACAAAGCAGGGAAUAAACAAUCAGAUGUGCAAAAACCUUUCUGGUGGCUGAAGCUUCCUUAUGUUCUAGUUAUCUUAAUGCGAAAAGGCUCAGAACUUGAAGGACAAGGACUUUAUUGUAUAAAAGCACUUUCACAGCCAGAUGACCAAGUGGAAUCCUACACUGUUGCUUUUGAGGACCGUGGCGAUGCCAAUAACUUCUGUCAUUUGCUUGAUUGCUACUUUGAAGAUUUAGGGGAUUUCAUGGCUGACAUCAUUCCACUCUCUGUUAAAGAACUUUACGAGGGUGUGAAAUCUGGAUCCAAGAAAGUAAUUGUUGUGAGGAAGGGGCAGCUAAAGCUUUAUGUUGGUCAACCGUUUGUUGAGGUUGAGAUGGCUUUGUCAUCUUUACUUGAACAAGAUCAAGGUACUCCGUGAAAUGGCGAAGUCGUGAUUUAUUAUAAAGGCAGUAGAUGUUUCGAAUGAGAUCAGCUCAUUAUAAGAGGAUGAAGCACUUGACUUGUUGAAGAAUUAAUAAUGGUCAGAGUUAAACUUGGAUUCUUCUUCCAAGUUUUGAUCCUACUUAUGGUUAGCCUCGAUAACACCUGCAAAUGUCAGUGACAGAUCUUUUGCAACUGUGAGGUUCUCUUGAAUCUUUGAACACAUUCUUGAUAGGAUAUAUUAGGUGCUGCUGCAUGGCAAUUUUGUUGAUAAUAGAUGUAAAAAAUUAUCAAAUUAAUUUUGGUUUUGACGACUUUCGUGGGAAAAAGACAAUUAACUGUAGUUUUGGGGAAUUUGUGUUGUUAUGCCCAGCUCUAUGUAAGAAAAACUAAUAGAUAUUCAUGUAAAAAGUAGAUUACAUGAAA